UCGGCUCUGCAGACUCCGGGUGGGGCUGCUGGUGCCCGCGGGACGGCGCCGCCCUCCUGCUGCUCCCCAGACACCUCCGGACGGUUAACCUCGAAUGAGGAACGAGCGGGGCGGGAAGGGGAGGGCUGCGGCGGCGCGGGCACAGCCCGCCGCGCCCGGGGCUGGGGGCGGCGAGGUCACGUAACGGCCUCGGGCGUCUGCCGGGGAGGGGGCCUCCUGCGCGCCGCGGCUCCGAAACAGUUAGCGGCUAGUAAACAACAGCUGCGCGCGCACCCGCAUCAGCUGGCGCGGGAUCCCGCACCUGCGACCGACCUCCUCCUUCCUAGCCGGGACCAGCCUGCGUGGCCGUCUUCUCGGCUGAGCCCCAAGGAAAACCGGCGAGAGGCCACCCGCAUCAGCCCCGGGGAAAACGCGUCCUGUCACACGCCGCGCAAACGCGGCAAGUGGUCGUGGGCUCGAGGGACUCGCGACGACCUGCCACGACCCGGAGCUGCCGUAGGAGCUGCUCUGAUCCGCUAGCCGCCACCUCCAGCAUCUCUGCCAGGACGAGAUCUCUGGGAGACAGAAAUCCACUCUGCCCCGGCAUCCUCUCCUUGCUCUUCUCUUUCUCUCCAUCCUGUAGUGUGGGGGGUAUUUUUCCCGUUAUGCAUGUGCAUCUCUCCCACCAGACCCAAGUGGAUUGUCGACCUCAGAAACAUCGAGUGGCUCAACACACACCUCCUCCCAGCCAGACCUGUGGGGUAUUCACCUGAUACACAACAGGUGGCCAGUGCACAUCUUUUUGUAAUCUGAUCCACGCUGUCUAUAGUCUCCUGAUAAGGGUGGGCCUGCACGCUCCUUCCUCAGCUAGAACCGUGGGAUACUCAGCAGAUAAAGGACUAACUACCUCAUCAGGACCCGGGGGUCGAGCAGAGGGAGGCCGAAACCAGCUGCUGUGAAAUCAUGGCGUGGAGCCCUCAGCCCUGGACCAGGGGAGAUAGCUAGGAUCCUGAAGGAACCAAGUUACAGAAGAUUAGCAUCGUUUUGUUCUCAUUUUGUUUUCCAAAAAUUAUUUUUCAGUUACGGGUUGUGCACUUUAUAAAACAGUUGGCUUGAAUUCUAAGUGGAAGGAUUCUUAAUUGGGUUUUUGUGGGAUGUAAAUCAAGGUAAUUGAGUUCUUUUUUUCCUUUCAAGUUUUCUAUUUUUGCAAUCAAAAGUAGCUAGUGUAGGAGGAAGAGUUUUUGUGAGCUUUUCCUUUUUUCUUUGUCAAAAAGGGGGAAAAUGCAUCCUCCAGAAGCCACCGCCAAGAUAUCUUCAGUUCGGUUCAUGGUGACACCAACAAAGAUUGAUGACAUUCCAGGUUUGUCAGACACCAGCCCGGACCUCAGCUCGCGAUCUAGUUCCCGAGUAAGAUUUAGCUCCCGAGAAAGUGUGCCAGAAACAAGCCGUAGUGAGCCUAUGAGUGAACUGUCUGGCGCCACUACUUCUCUGGCAACUGUGGCCCUAGAUCCUUCCAGUGACCGGAUUUCUAACCCCCAGGAUGUUACUGAGGAUGAUGGACAUAAGAAAGCUCGAAAUGCUUAUCUCAGCAAUUCCAACUAUGAAGAAGGAGAUGAGUAUUUUGAUAAAAAUCUGGCACUCUUUGAGGAAGAAAUGGACACCAGACCAAAGGUGUCGUCUCUCCUCAACCGCAUGGCCAACUAUACUAACCUGACACAGGGAGCAAAGGAGCAUGAAGAGGCAGAGAACAUCACUGAAGGGAAGAAGAAGCCUACCAAGAGCCCCCAAAUGGGUACUUUUAUGGGUGUCUACCUCCCAUGUCUACAAAAUAUUUUUGGAGUGAUCCUCUUCCUGCGUCUUACCUGGGUAGUGGGCACAGCUGGAGUCCUUCAGGCCUUUGCGAUUGUCCUUAUCUGCUGCUGCUGUACGUUGUUGACUGCCAUCUCCAUGAGUGCCAUAGCCACCAAUGGAGUGGUACCAGCUGGGGGCUCAUACUUCAUGAUUUCCCGGGCCCUGGGCCCAGAGUUUGGCGGGGCUGUUGGCCUCUGCUUUUAUCUGGGCACCACAUUUGCAGCAGCCAUGUAUAUUCUUGGUGCCAUUGAAAUUUUUCUGGUAUAUAUCGUCCCUCGAGCUGCCAUCUUCCGCAGUGAUGAUGCACUCAAGGAAUCAGCAGCCAUGCUAAAUAACAUGCGUGUCUAUGGCACAGCCUUCUUGGUCCUCAUGGUCUUGGUGGUAUUCAUUGGCGUCCGCUAUGUGAAUAAGUUUGCCUCACUUUUCCUGGCCUGUGUAAUUGUGUCCAUUUUGGCUAUCUACGCUGGUGCCAUCAAGUCUUCCUUUGCUCCACCACACUUCCCGGUCUGCAUGUUGGGCAACCGCACCCUUUCAUCCAGACAUCUUGACGUUUGCUCUAAGACCAAGGACGUUAACAACAUGACAGUGCCAUCAAAGCUAUGGGGAUUCUUCUGUAACUCAAGUCAGUUUUUUAAUGCCACCUGUGAUGAGUACUUUGUUCACAAUAAUGUCACCUCAAUCCAAGGCAUUCCUGGGCUGGCUAGUGGUAUCAUUACUGAAAACCUUUGGAGUAAUUAUUUACCAAAGGGUGAGAUCAUUGAAAAGCCAUCAGCCAAGUCAUCUGACGUCUUGGGCAACUUAAACCAUGAGUAUGUCCUUGCUGAUAUCACCACCUCCUUCACUCUACUGGUGGGGAUCUUCUUCCCUUCUGUCACAGGUAUCAUGGCUGGGUCAAACAGAUCUGGAGAUCUGAAAGAUGCUCAGAAGUCCAUUCCCAUUGGAACCAUCCUUGCCAUCCUGACCACAUCCUUUGUGUAUUUAAGCAAUGUUGUCCUUUUUGGCGCAUGUAUUGAAGGAGUUGUUCUCAGAGACAAAUUUGGGGAUGCUGUGAAAGGUAAUUUGGUUGUCGGCACCUUAUCUUGGCCAUCCCCAUGGGUGAUUGUUAUUGGCUCCUUCUUUUCAACGUGUGGGGCUGGACUUCAGAGCCUCACAGGUGCACCUAGGCUGCUCCAGGCUAUUGCCAAGGAUAACAUCAUACCAUUCCUUAGGGUUUUUGGUCACAGCAAAGCCAAUGGGGAACCUACCUGGGCCUUACUUCUAACUGCUGCCAUAGCAGAGCUGGGGAUUCUCAUCGCCUCCCUGGAUCUCGUUGCCCCAAUUCUUUCAAUGUUUUUCCUCAUGUGUUACCUCUUUGUGAACUUGGCAUGUGCCUUGCAGACAUUACUCCGAACCCCCAACUGGAGGCCCCGAUUCCGCUACUAUCACUGGGCCCUGUCUUUCAUGGGAAUGAGUAUCUGUCUAGCUCUGAUGUUCAUUUCUUCCUGGUAUUAUGCCAUUGUAGCUAUGGUAAUUGCUGGCAUGAUCUACAAGUACAUUGAGUACCAAGGGGCUGAGAAGGAAUGGGGCGAUGGCAUCCGUGGGCUGUCCCUCAGUGCCGCUCGCUUUGCUUUGCUCCGCCUGGAGGAAGGACCUCCUCAUACUAAGAACUGGAGGCCUCAGCUGCUUGUAUUGCUGAAGCUGGAUGAAGACUUACACGUCAAGCACCCUCGCCUCCUCACCUUUGCCUCCCAGCUCAAGGCAGGAAAGGGACUCACUAUUGUGGGCUCUGUCAUCGUGGGGAACUUCCUGGAGAACUAUGGGGAAGCUCUGGCUGCAGAGCAGACCAUUAAGCACCUAAUGGAGGCAGAAAAGGUAAAAGGAUUCUGCCAGCUGGUGGUGGCUGCCAAGCUGAAAGAGGGUAUUUCACACCUCAUCCAGUCCUGUGGCCUUGGAGGCAUGAAGCACAACACAGUGGUGAUGGGCUGGCCCAAUGGCUGGCGUCAGAGUGAAGAUGCUCGCGCUUGGAAGACUUUCAUUGGCACAGUUCGAGUGACAACUGCUGCCCAUCUAGCCCUGCUGGUGGCUAAAAAUGUCUCCUUCUUUCCCAGCAAUGUGGAGCCAUUUUCUGAGGGCAACAUUGAUGUGUGGUGGAUUGUUCAUGAUGGGGGCAUGCUCAUGCUGCUACCCUUCCUACUGAAACAGCACAAGGUAUGGAGAAAAUGCAGCAUAAGGAUCUUCACAGUGGCCCAACUCGAAGACAACAGUAUCCAGAUGAAGAAAGAUCUGGCCACCUUCCUGUACCAUCUGCGCAUUGAGGCAGAAGUGGAAGUGGUGGAGAUGCACGACAGUGACAUCUCUGCCUAUACAUAUGAGCGCACCCUCAUGAUGGAGCAGAGGUCCCAGAUGCUCCGGCACAUGCGACUGUCCAAAACAGAACGAGACAGAGAGGCACAGCUGGUGAAAGAUCGAAACUCAAUGCUACGCUUAACUAGCAUUGGUUCUGAUGAAGAUGAAGAGACAGAAACUUACCAGGAGAAGGUACACAUGACGUGGACCAAGGAUAAGUACAUGGCAACCCGGGGGCAAAAGGUCAAGUCAAUAGAAGGAUUCCAGGACCUACUUAAUAUGCGUCCGGACCAGUCCAAUGUGAGACGUAUGCACACAGCAGUGAAGCUCAAUGAAGUCAUAGUUAACAAGUCCCAUGAAGCCAAACUGGUUUUGCUGAAUAUGCCAGGACCACCCCGGAACCCUGAAGGUGAUGAAAACUACAUGGAAUUCCUAGAAGUACUCACCGAGGGAUUAGAGCGAGUCCUCCUUGUCCGGGGCGGUGGCAGUGAAGUAAUCACCAUUUACUCCUAAUCAGCUUGUGGAAGAUUCUCCUUGGUCUUACCUUCACUAAGACUCAUCACCCAUGGAGAUGACAGCUCUUUCCUACCACGCCCACUCUACUCUUGCGGAGCUGAGCCCCAACUAUGCUCUUGGACAACAUGAUCUGCCAUCCCAGCAGAGGCAAAUACUCCCUUACGAUCAGAACGGCCAAGUCCUGAAAGCUAUUUCUGUGGCAGGAGAAGGCAAGCCAAAACUGCUGAAGGUAGUGAGUUAGUAAAACAUAUGCUAGAAACUAAACUAAAAGCAAAAAAAAAAAAAAAAAAAAAACAAGUUAAUAUCCAACGUUCAGGAUGAGUCUCAGAAGACACGGUUCAAUGACGACACCUGUCAGCCUCACCUUAGCAAAAAAUGAGCGUGGCCGUUAUCAUUGUUGGAGAUAGCCUGCGGCAAACGAAGUGAAAAUUUAGGAUACUUAUACAAAACCUGAAAAAUAGCUGCCGCUUCUACUUUUACUCAAAAAUCAGACCCCCAGAUACUAAGUUUUGCUGUCUGUGCUGUGCCACUGUAUAUUUCAGCGGUGUUUCUUCUAAAACCCAUGCUGUGGUUGUAAUGCAGACAGUGUUACUAUGGAAAAAGGGUUCUGAAAGGUAAGAUGUUUUUCUGGUUUUCAAACGGCUAGACAGGAUUCCAGAGAGUACUAUUAAAAUGUGCAGAAAUAGAGUCUAUGAUUAGCUCUGCGACACAAAGCACACAAUGUAUUAUCUUAAGAAUUGGAGGUUGUUAAGCAGCUUAAACCAGGAGGGUCUCUUCUUUUACCCUUAGUAGGCACUGGUUUAAAAAAAAAAAAAAAGCUCUAAGUAAGAGACAGAGACAAUAGGAGUGUGUACUGCUACCUCCGGGGGCUCCUGGCUUUAGAGACAGAGACAAUAGGAGUGUGUACUGUUACCUCCGGGGCUCCUGGCUUUAGAGGGGUUCAGCAGGGGAACUGGGCAUGUGAGAGCCAUACCCUUUACACGGUGCCAAAAUUAUCUGUCUAAAGUGGCAGACAGGUUCGCAUUGGCCUGACAUAAGCAGCUUUUCUUUUCACAAGAAAUCAAUCUGUGGCCUCUUCACCAAAGCCAUAGUGAAGACUUGAGGCACUCACCUCCAUGCCCAAAGCUGAGCUAGCCCCCUUGCAAUGUUACUCUUCACUCAGACUCCAGAAAUUUGGCUCUGAACCAAGUGGUUCCCUAAGCCAAUGAUCUGCUCUGUCAGUUUUGUUUCCAGAAAUCUCUAAAUGUGCCAAGGAAAUACUUGUGUAAGCUCAGCUUCUUAUUUUUCUAAUUUAUCGAUCAUGAACACCCGGCUUACCAGCAUAGGAAGUCUUUGUGGCUGAGCAGUAAUUUCAAGUAUGUGAAACCUUCAUAUUCUUUACAAGAUAGUUAAGAGACUGUCUUCCUGCUUACACACAUGACUGCUUUUAAAUUCCCCUUAUGGUAAAUUUGCCACAGUCCAUACCCUGGAGGAAUGGAACACCCAAAAUUCAUCCUGAGACAGAAGACCCUCAAAUAUGGCCUAAGAAGCUGAGUCAUGUGAUUUGUUCUUAAUCCUCCCACACACACACCCUGCCCACCCGCCACUCAAGGUAGCAUAGAGGAUGCAAAAUUUUUUCCUGCUCCUCCCAGCAGAGGGUAAAAAAUGUCUCCAGUUCCCUUUCCAACACUCAGUUCUAUAGUUGAAUACAGUCCCCUAGGCUCCAAGGUAUUAAACACCCAUUCUGUAAAAGCCAGCCUGCCCAGGAACUGCCUAACACCUACCCCUGAUCAAAGUGAUACCACCUUUUUAGCUAUCAAACAAAUAUGGGCAGAGAAUAAAGUUAACGUUGAGAAAGGCUGUGGUUAGAGCUGUGUAAGAAUCUUUUAAAGGGUAAGAAAAUUAGUAGCUAUUAAUAUAGCUAUUACUUCAGUCCCUAAAGCAUAAAAUCACUGUUACAGGGAAAAAUGGUUAUUAGGCCAGAUUUAUACUCAUCUCUGUCUAGAGCAUUUCAUGUCUAUGUGUUGCUUAUGUUGUCUGUCUGCAAAGUGUCUUUAUCUCUUUUAAUCACUGCAAAUAAAGCAAUACUGAAAACUUGAGAGAAAAUGCACCUUAGGGGAAGGGGCCAAAUGUUUCUAGAGGGAAGAGAAAGACCUUCUCCUGCCUUCUUAGAAGACCCAGCUUGUGUGUCUUAUCUAUGAGUUAUCAGGCAGGCUGUAACAUUCAUUCUCCCCCAGCUGGCCCUCAGCCUUCCAUAGCAAUCUUAAAAGCUGGAGUUUGAACUGCAGGGCCUGCUUGACAAGUGCCAGUUUCCUCGUGGCAGAGGAAGUCACUGUUCUUCCUCUUCCGUCGCAUCCUAUUCUUGUGGCCCCAAGGAUCCCAUCAAUCCUCAUUCCCCCAAAUGUUAAAAAACUUCUUAUUGUGGAUAUUAAAAUAAGUUACACUGUAAGCAUAUUUACAUGCUCUUUUUUUCUGGUUUAUUUUUCUUUUCAUCAUGUAAAAUUUGAAUCCAGGAGAGAAGUUUCUCACAUCUUCCAAAAAAAUGUCUGAUAUAGAAUCUUUGUCUCUGCUUAUGCGAUAUAGAAGUGAAAUAUUAACACAGAUAUAAGGGGAACUUGAGAAACUUUUAAAGCAUUGUUCUCAACCGUUUAAUUUAUUGAAAGGAGAUGCUGCUACUCAGCGGCUGCUGUUCUUUUGUUUACAUAGUCUGGUUUUGUCUGUUUCGCUCUGUGCUGAGAACAUAAAUAAAGUUUUCUACAUUAUUUUCA